GUGUGUGUGUGUGUACACGCUGGAGCGGAGUUUGAGUUGAUGAAUAAAAUGAUGCUCGGCUGGAUUUGAGGAUAUUUGGAUUACAAAUCCCGAAUGCACCUGCAAGAGAGCAUGGCACAAUGGGCAUCACGCUGUCUUUUCCCGCUGUCCACCAGUGCUAGCUGCUACUGUGGUAUCAGCCCUUCCACCUGGUGCCACUGAGAGUCAUGUUGUCAGGCAGCUGGUACCGGAGCAUGAGCAGCCCCACCAACAGCCUUCCAGUGGGCAGGGGGUCAUUGACACCUGGUCUUGUGGUUCUGGAAGCCCAGUAUGACUACUCAUACCGUGGGGCAGAUGGACGGAAUAUUUCCAUACACGACGGUGAGCGUUUUCUUUUGCUGAAAAAGACGAACUCUGACUGGUGGCAGGUGCGGAGGCUCGGAGUUGGCAAGAAAGCCAAGCCACUGUAUGUGCCCGCCACCUAUGUCACCGAGGUUCCAGUAAACACACUGCAUUCACCACAGACCAGCAGCCAAACAGCAGCAUCACCAAAACAUUCCUGUCUGGUGGCUCACCGCUCGCACAACCCCUACUCUCAGAUACAGUGUUCAGUACCUGCUAAAGAAUUCUGUCGUUCCAUGGAGGACCUGAACAGUAACUUUGCUUUUAAGAACUCAUGCAUAGGAAAAGGCGCACAAGGAAGACAUUUCACCACAUCGCCCAUCUCUACAACUGCCUCACCUUUAGGUCACCUCAAGGUCCCGGGGUCUCUGAUACCACGCAGCAAGAGCUCCAGUCACCUGCCUCAGAACCCGUACGGGGAACUGCACAUCAGCAGGCCGAGUCCAUCCAGCUCCCCUAAAUCCUUCAGCCAAUGGGAUGUGGGAAGCGCCACACACAAACACACAGACGGAAACAUCCAGACCUACAGCUCUCAAAAUUCAUUGACAGACACGCAGAGGAAGCAAUGGGCAGAGGUCCCUAGCCCAGUCCCAGGCCAGAAGCCUUUGCAGAUGCUGCAGCUGUGGGAGCAGUAUCAAGACCCUGCAUCUGGUCGCUUUUACUACGUCAACAGUGUUACCAAGGAGCGUUCAUGGAAACCACCACGUAGAGCUCGCCGGAGUGAUCAUAUCCAAAACACGGCCAGUGUUACACAGCCUGGGACUUCCCCAUGUGACUCCAGCCACCUGUCACUUCCCCUUUACAACUCAGGAAGCACAUUUUUGAGCAGGCUCUCCUCUGACGUGACCCACAAUACCCAGGAUGCAAAUGCGCGACAGCUGAGUCAGACCAUGCUACGUGCAGAAUCGUCAGAUACGCUCAGUUCCUCCUCAUUUACUACUGAUGCCCAGAGCACAGAGGGCAGGGAUGUCAUCACCCAAUCAUACUCCAUGAUGCUGCCUCCGCAAACAGCAAGGAUCUCUUCAAAUGGCAAGUCAGGGUACCCAAUGGUGGUGGAGUUGCCUGACAGUUCUCUGGACAGUGAUGGAAUGACACCGGAGCUUGAAAAAGCAGGUCUGCUCAACAAAACCAAGAUAGCAGAAGGAGGUCGGAAGCUAAGGAAAAACUGGAACCCUUCGUGGGUGGUGUUGGUGGGGAACAGUCUUAUGUUCUUCAAAGAUCCCAAAACCCAAAAUUCUGAUGGCUGGAAACCAGGGAACAGCUGUCCAGAGAGCAGUGUGGAUCUAAGAGGAUCUCAGCUGCAGUGGGCCAAUGAGCUUUCCAGCAAGAAGAAUGUCUUCAAGUUGAGGACUAUUACAGGAAAUGAAUUUUUGUUGCAAUCAGACACUGACUCUGUAAUUAGGGAGUGGUACUGUACAAUACAGAAAGUCAUUGACAGACUUGAUAAGGAGAAUCCUCUGGAUAAUCUAUUGCAGUAUUCUUUGAGGAGAGCAGGCUCCUUGGAGUUGUUGGACCAUAGUGGAGAUGAAGAGGAGAACCGUACAGGAUACAAGCCCUCGCUCCCUCGCUCCAUCUCUAAUUUAGAGACUUCGGAGCGGAAACGAGUGAAGAGUCGCUUGAAGAAGUUCAUUCUGAGGAGACCACCAAUUCAGACAUUACAGGAAAAGGGUCUUAUCAAAGACCAGGUAUUUGGCUGUAGUUUAGAGUUGCUGUGUGAGAGGGAGAAGAACACUGUGCCACGGUUUGUCAGAAACUGCACCGAAACAGUGGAGAAGAAAGGUUUAGAGACAGAUGGUAUCUACAGAGUCAGUGGAAAUCUGGCUGUAAUCCAGAAGCUACGCUUUGCUGUCAAUCAUGAGCGAGCUGUGUCUACAGAUGGACGUUAUCUCUUUCCAGAGGAUUUAGUGCCAGUGGAGCAUGUGGACCUGGAAGAUCCGCAGUGGGAGGACAUCCAUGUGAUAACAGGAGCCCUGAAACUCUUCUUUAGAGAGCUUCCUGAGCCGCUUGUACCUUAUGAACUCUUUCAUGACAUUGUCAAGGCUGUCAAGCUGUCUGAUUACUUGGAUAAAGUGGAACGGAUAAAAUUGCUAGUCGUCAGCAUGCCUCCUACGAACCACGAUACCAUGAGGCACAUGUUCCGGCAUCUUAAGCGGGUGAUGGAGCACUCAGAUACUAAUCGCAUGACAACGCAGAACAUCGGGAUUGUCUUCGGGCCGACGCUGAUGCGUCCGCAGAACGACUGCGCGAACAUGGCCAUUAACAUGGUUUAUCAGAACCAGGCAGUAGAACUCAUCCUCAGUGAAUACGACCAGAUCUUUGGAUCUGACCCACCCGGAUCUCUCUGACACUGGUGUAGAACACAGACAGCAGCAGAACCUGCUCACUGUGAACCAGUGGAAUUUGAAAUGCAUGGAAGGAGAGCUAAAUAUGAUCCAUGCGAUGCCACAAAUUCCAUCCUGGUUGGUGAUGGAUGGAUGAAUGGUUGGAUGGAAGUGCUUGAGCAACAAUCAGCCAACUGGCCUUUAGUGGGCACAGAGUAACACAAAAAAACAUGUGUUUUCAAAUUGAAUCAAGAGGCUUAUUUUAUGUUCGUUAGUAUGUGUGUGUGCACAUGUGUGUGCGAAUGUGAUGUCUCUUCACAAGUGUUUUUCAUUGUAUUGUUUGCAGCGACGUUGGGAAAACCACACAUUUUGUGUUGGCAAAAAAAGACAUUAGAGACUCCUUGAACUAAAUUCUGUAAAAUAAAAUCAGCAAUAGUCACCCAAUAUGCAUAAACAAGAAGACAGUUCUGAAGUCUAACCUGCUAUUCAACUGUGCUUGAGUCAUUUCGUUUCUUUUUUAACAAUCCAGAUUGCUAUGUAAUCUCCUUUUCCAUUGUUCCAGCAGUAAGGCUGUGGUGUGUGCAUGUGUGCGCCUUUGUCUGUGUGUGUGUGUGUGUGUGUGUGUGUGUGUGUUUUGCGUGACAGAUAGAAGGACAGAAGUAUGUUCCGUAUUUUGCUCGUUGAUUCGGUGGAGCUUUUUGCCACUAUUGGUCCAAAUCUCUGUUUUUAAUAACAGAACAAAAGAAGAGCUAAAAAUGCAUUAUGUUUAAAAAAUGUGGAGUAAACCCCCCAGCACCACCACCCCCCAUCAGCACCAGGGCUUUGGUAAUUUUAUAUUGACUGUGGCUUGGCAAGAGACGAGAAGAAGUGAGAGGGAAGAAAAAGAACACGGAGAGCAUAUGGAUUUUAAUGUUGGAGUUUAUAUAUUUAUUCAUUUUUUUAUUUUCUCAUUAUUACAAUGGGCAGCAUGAAGGAUGGGGGAGAUUACCGAAGUACUAUAAGUGGAGAAAUGAAAUGAAGUCUUGCACUAUGUUUGUUACUUCUGAGUAUUGUGUUGGAUAUUUAAUGAACUGUUGUUCUUCUCUUAAUACUGUUGUAAGUUGUCCAUGUAUUUUUGUGCCAUCAAUUCUUUUAGGAACCUCCUUUUUCAUUGGAGAAACAUUCAUAACCAUAAUUAUGAAGUUUUAAGCCAGGGGCUCUCAAAUGCAAUCCUGCUCUGCAUGGUUUGAAAAUUUUUCUUUGCUCACCACAUACCUGAUCCAAGUCCUGUUUAAAUGUGUUUCUAGCACUGCACAAGUCCUGUGAUUUCAAAGAUAUCUUCAAACCGUGAUUUGAAAUAUUGCCUGGAAAUGUACUCCACUCCGAGCCGGAACAAUGCUACACAUCCCUGCACCUCUCCCUUAAAAGGCAGCUCACAAGACAUAUAGUUUUAACAGAGGAGAUGUGAUUGGUUGUGGGGAAAGAAAAAAAGCUUGUUGUUGUUUUCAUUGCAAUUGCAGUUGAGGACAAUUACAAUUUGCUCAUUUAACUGUUUAAUUGAAUCUUGUGUGUUGGAGAUUUAAAAAAAAAAAACAAACCUUCAAAUUGUGCAAGACGGGGUCAGAGUUCAGAAGACUUGUUUUAAGUUCCUACCGAAAAAUCCAUCAAAAUUCUUUUAUUUAAUGUUUGGCCCAGUGAACAUUAACUGAUCCAACAAGAUUUGUGAAACAAUUUCCUUCCUUACGUUGUACAAUUAUAUGUGCUUUGUUUUUUUGUUGUUGUUUUUUUUAAAUCAAGUAACUGCAGGUGUUCAACUGCAGGCAUUUGGUCUCCCAUUCUCAUAACCCAGCUUUUUUUUUUUUUUACAUGAUGCCUCGAAUACUAUUCUUAAGAUUUACCAACAUGGCUAAUUACUGGCCUAUUCCUUUUCUCUUCCUCCAGAUCCUGUAAGCUACAAAAUAUUUGACAAUAAAAGUCAAUUAAGUAAAUCUGUGAA